UACAUCUGACGCAUUAAUGUCAACGGAGCACGCCCCCUUGACUCAAACAGUGUGACUCACCCGCUGACCCACCCCUUGGUCCCACAAUCCUUUACCGCAGUCUGAGCCGUUGUCAUAGUGAAGCAGGAGGGCGGGGGGAGAAAGUGGGCUGGCUACACCCACCGGAAACAAAGUCCGCAACAUAGCAGCAGCUAUGAAUUGGAACGAAACCUGACUUCAAAUUUUCUCUUUAAAAAUAUACGGAUAUACGGUUUCCAGAAUCACCGUUCAUCUGGUGUUCUUAUGUUGUACAUGAGAUUUAACCGUAAAGAUUUAGACAAGACAGUUUUUAAAACCAGCAGCUGAUCAGUGAGUGGGAGGGAGGGGAGAGUGCAGAACCAUUUCCCAGGGAUCACUAUACAAACCAGGCUUUAUUGUCGGCAAAAAAAUAAAGUGCAUUCAGGGAGUGAUAUAGUGCAUCGUACGCCUUUUAAAAUAGCUAUUUUUUGUUUUUUGUUUAGACUAACCGGUAAUUACCGAUAUCAUUCCUUGUCGAUGAUGUUCUUAUGGUAUUGAGCAUCUUUGACAGGGACUUUUUCUUUUUUUAGUCUGGACAUUUCUUGCUCAGUAAAGCAAUUCCUGUUUUUUUGUGGCUACAUUGCAUUUUCACUGCAUCCACCAGCAUUAAGGAUGAAGACUGUAUCGGCAUAUUUUUUUUUUAAAUAAGUAUAUUAACACAGUUACGGACCUUGUACAUUUAAAGUUUUUUUUUUUCUCUUAUGGGAUUGUGUUUUUUUAAUUAUUUUUUUUUUGCCUAACCCAGGCUUUGAAGCCAAUAUGCUUAAUCUGAAAAGGUUGCUGCGGGUCUCAAACCGCUCCUUCCUGGCCUUAAUUUUCUUAUUUUCCUUGUCUACAUCGUGUCUAUAUUUCAUAUACGUGGCCCCUGGAAUAGCAAACACCUACCUCUUCAUGGUUCAAGCACGAGGUAUAAUGUUAAGGGACAAUGUGAGAACAAUAGGACAUAUGAUCAGAUUGUACACAAACAAGAACACCACCCUUAAUGGCACAGAUUAUCCUGAUGGCAAUAACACCAGUGAAUACCUUGCUCAACCAACUGCAUAUCUUCCAGAGAAUUUUACCUAUGCUCCAAACCUCCCAUGUCCUGAAAAACUACCUUCUAUGAAGGGUGUUAUUGAUGUUAAUGUGACUGAAAUAACAAUGGAUGAAAUUCAUCAGAACUUUUCAAAGUUUAUGGAUAUCCAACCUGCAGGACACUGGAAGCCUAGAGACUGCAAACCUCGAUGGAAGGUGGCAAUCCUUAUUCCCUUCCGCAACCGUCAUGAGCAUCUCCCAAUACUUUUCCGACAUCUAAUUCCAAUGCUCCAAAGACAGCAUUUGCAGUUUGCCUUCUAUGUUAUUGAGCAGGGUGGCACCCAGCCCUUUAAUCGUGCCAUGCUGUUUAAUGUUGGUUUUAAAGAAGCCAUGAAGGACCUAGACUGGGACUGUCUUGUUUUCCAUGAUGUGGAUCAUAUCCCAGAGAACGAUCGUAAUUAUUAUGGUUGUGGACAAAUGCCUCGCCACUUUGCUGCAAAACUCGACAAGUACAUGUAUAUCCUUCCAUACAAUGAAUUCUUUGGGGGUGUAAGUGGUGUAACAGUGGAACAGUUUCGGAAGAUAAACGGAUUUCCCAAUGCUUUCUGGGGCUGGGGUGGAGAAGAUGAUGAUCUGUGGAACAGAGUUCACUAUGCUGGGUUCAAUGUGACAAGGCCAGAAGGAGACUUGGGAAAUUACAAAUCAAUCCCACAUCAUCACAGAGGAGAAGUUCAGUUCUUGGGGAGGUACAAGUUACUACGGUACUCCAAAGAACGUCAACAUCUUGAUGGUUUGAACAACUUGAAGUAUACCCCAGAAAUAACAAUGGGUAGUUUGUAUAAAAACAUAACGGUGAACCUUACUCCAGAACUAGCUCCAAUUGAAGACUAUUGAUCUGAUAUACAUGGUCACAGAUUCAGUGAAUUCCAUUGAACCAAUAAUGAAGAUCUCAUGCUGAAAUUUGUGGCCGUUCAGAAUGGGAGCAUGAUGUUAAAUUUCCAAGCUACUUUCUUUUAAGUGGAGACUUAGGGCCUGUAUAAUCGAACAAUUGAUUGUGUGUGUCAUUGCAUGCUAAGUGUCAGUGCUGGCUUUUGCUAAUAAAUUCACAUCACACUUUGAAGGAAGGAAUGCCAGUAGUUACAAAUUAAAAUGUUUACUGCAAAGCCUUUAUAAAUCAUUUAGGCUUUGUACCACUGUAUCUGUUACCAUGAGAAGCCACUGCAGUAAACCAGUUAACUUUACAUCGGGAGGCAAUAGAGAUCUUUCGCAUAUAAUGUUUCUACGCAUACUAUAUGUGAUUUAAUUUGAAAUUAUUAUUUUGUAUUUAUUUUUUUUAAAGUGUAGGUCAUUUGUGUGUAUAUGUGAUUGUACAUUUACAGUACGUGUUGUAAAUUUUAAUUAUUGUUUUAGUAGAACUACUGGUCAUAUGUAACAUAAGUAUUGUCCAUUCUUCUGGCUGUAUAGUGUAUUGCAGAUUCUAUUUGCAUGAGCGAACAUAUGUAAAUACAGGCCUUUUAAACAAAUUGUUUAGCAUAUUAGAAUUACGAAACAUAUACCAAUGCAUCUCUUGGUUUAUCAUUUGCUUUUGGCAGCUAUGACCUAGACUCUUUUUUUUGAUAACCUAUAAAAACAAUGAGCGAGUGGCCUUCCAUGUGGGAAGAUAUAAUGUGGGCAGAAGUUUUGACUUCUUUAGGUUGACUAUCUCCUGCAUGCCUUUUUAAUGUAUUUUUUAUAUAUAUAUAUACAUACAUACAUACAUACAUACACACAUACACACAUACAUAUACACACACAGUUGUAGUCAAAACUUUACAUUCCCCAAUGGAAAUUUAUAAUUUUCUAGAAAUUUUAAAUUUUAGGAAAAAUCUUUUGUAGCAAAGGUUUUGCUUUUGUGGAUGAGGAAACAAAGUUACAAGAAAUAGAAAUAGUCUACAAUUAUUUAUUUAAGCAAAUUUUUUGCAAAACUCCAAAACCUCGAGAAAAUGUUGGAUUGUAGGUGAACAUUAGAUAUUAUAAAGGGUUUAUGCAUAGGGUGAUUGCUGUUAUUACUAGUAAGUCAAUAUGGGGAAAAAGUAAAGAGCUAUCUGAAGACCUUCGGCAGAAAAUUAUUUAUUGCCAUAAAGCCGGAGAAGGAUACAAGAAGAUUUCCAAGCAUUUGAAUAUCCCAAUGUCAGCUAUUGUUUAUAUUAUCAAGAAGUACAAGACUCAUGGUACUGUCACAAUGCUCCCUUGGUUUGGAAGAAAGAAGGUUAUUUCACCAAGAACAAGUAGAAGAAUUAUGAGGAAGGUUAAUAACAAUCCGAGACUGACUGCCAAAGAUAUUCAAAGUGAAUUGGCUGCAAGUGGGACUGGGGUUUCCAUUUCAACCAAAAUGCAACUGGACGUUCCAACACAACAACAAUUCAAAGCACACAUCAAAAUCUGAACUCGAACAAUUUUGCGUUGAAGAAUGGUCAAAAAUCUCUAAAGAAUCAUGCCAUAAGCUCAAUGACAAAUAUCCUAAUCAUUUAAAAGACGUAAUUGCUAAAGGUGCUUCAACUAACUGUUCAUUUCAUUUUCCUUGUCGGUAUGAAUAGGAGUUUUGCAGAAAAUUGCUGAAAUAAAUAAUUGUAGACAUAUAGUUCUUUAACUUUUUUUUUCCUCAUCCACAAAAGCAAAACUUUUACUACAAAAGGUUUUUCUUAUGAUUUAUUUGUUUUCUAGAAAUUAUAAAUUUCCACUGGGGUAUGUAAACUUUUGACAUAUAUAUAUAUAUAUAUAUAUAUAUAUAUAUAUAUAUAUAUAUAUAUAUAUAUAUAUAUAUAUAUAUAUAUAUAUAUAAUCUUUUUUUAUCAAUUCAGGUGUUUUACUUUUGCCGCCUUUGUUGCAUACAGUGGUUUUGGGUAUAUUUUGAAGUGCACUGUUUUAAGAUAAUCUAGGGGGCCUUUAUGAAGGCAUAUUAGUAAUUUACAGGGUGUUCCAGAACAAAGGGAUGGUAAACGUGCCAGUGCUGCUAGAUGCCAGAAUGUUUCUGACAAAAUGAUUACUUUAGUUGCAACUUUAAGUAUGAUUUGAUACUGCAUUUCUGUUUAAGCUGUAUAAAAUAUUUUAAAUAAGCCUGAAUGAGAGGAAAUGAAAACUUUUACAAGUUUUGAGCACUACAUGAAAUUGCAAAAAUAUGUAUUUUAUUUUUGUACUUAUUCCACCUUUUAAUUUUUUUUAAAUCGAUUACAACUUUUUUUUUUAAUAUAAAUAAUUCAUAUAUUUCAUGAACUCUUUAGACCAAUUUGGUGCUUUCUAUAAUUUGCCAACUGUACUGCAUUUGCCGCAGCGCUCCCAGUAAUAUUAGUGCAAAGCAAACUUGACUGAGUGUAAAUAAAACUGUUUUGUAAAUAACUAUUGGAAAGUUGAUGAUGAAAAAACUGUUUUAGACAGCUGAGCCAAAUGUCUUACUUCUUAAACAUGUCUUAAUUUGGGGGGGGGGGGGGGGGGGGUAUAGUAGAGCAUCAAUGAAUUAGAUUCAGAUUGCCUACACUGGACCUCCAUUAUUUUUAGUUUUACUGCAGUAAAGAGUAUUUACAAGUCUAUUGCAAGAUCUAAAAAUAGAAUUGAGAAGUAACUGCUGAAUGCUUCUUCAAUAGUACCCCUAUUGCAGUACAGUAUUUCAGAGAAACUUUAGAAGAUUAUGAAAUUAUAGCUGCAUGCUAAUCAUGUCAGGGACAGAAUAGGCUAUUGGAAAGAGGCAAACAGGUUCCUGGAAGGUAGAAGCUGUCUGUUUAAAAAUAAAAUAAAAUAAAAUAAAAUAAAAUAAAUGGCUGAAAUGAUGAGUGAUCUACUUGCUAAUCCAAUACUUAUUAUGGCAAAACAACUUUUUGAAAAGUUUGAAAUUAAUCUUAAGAGAUUGUAUUUAGGGUACAAGUAAAAGUUGUUGUAUUUAUGAAUACCACAGACACAUAUCUUGCUGCCAUGUACAUUGGUAGCUGUGUUAUAUUAUCAUGACUAAAAACUUCAAAAACAGUUGCUUUUAAUACAGUUACUGUUUGUGGAAUAAUCCCUUUUUGCUCUUUGUGUUCACCAUUACAAAGAAAUGUUAAUGAAGAGCAUAACAUUUUGCAGUAUUUAUUUCUGUGCCUUGAGUUUCUUUUUUUUUUUUUUUUUUUUUUAAAUAGACUGACUGUGAACUAGGGAUGGAGUAGUUCUAGGGUAGAAUUUGAGUAUGCACUUUGUAUUUUUUGUUUUAAUUGAGCCCUUUCCUAGAUGUUUUGCAUUUCAGAUUUAAGCAGUGUAUCAUUGUAAAAAUGCUGAUCUGGUUCCAAGGAAACACAUUUGCAGUAAAACUCAAGACUUAGUUUUGCUGUCACAAUUUGAAAACUAUUUUACAAUACACUGCACAAUCACCAGUGUUUUACUUUUAUAGUGUCUUUUAAUGUUAAUGUAUAUAGUAUGAUGCAAUAUCUGUGGUGAAUAUGAAACUAUUUACACUUAGUUUGAUGGCUAAUGCAACCUCUUUGUUCAACAUGGCUUCAACAAAAUGCUUUUCACUACAAUAUCUAGGCCUCCUAGGACAUGGCAUGGGUUUCUUUUAAAAAUACUAACGUAGAUCUAGUUAACUUGGUGAAAUAUUAUAUUGUCCAAGUUGUCUGUGUUAAGAAGGUUCUGCAGUAAAACAGUAACAAUUUUCGGUCCACCAUGAAGUCUGUUUUAGUUAUCUUGUAGUGAGACAUAAUCAGCAGUGGUUUAUCUGAAUUUCUUAUAACAUUUUGUAACAAACCAUGUAUUAUGUUUUAUCAAAGGUAAAACAAUCUCUGUCUCUGUCUAUGAGGUGUGUUACAUUGGUCAUGUUGCUAUGUUAAGACAACACAAUCCUACAUAAAAACUGCAUAUGUGAGUUUUUACCAGUGUGUGUCACCAUGCUGUAAUAAGUUUACUUUAUGUCGGUAAACUUAACACUUAUUGUGGCUUGCACUGAAACAGUGGAGUAACACAGCUGCAAAUGAACUUCCUUGUGUACUGCAGUCAUCUUAUUUAUGUUUAUAGAAUAUUUGUAUAUUUUUUAUCAUUGUCUUUUUAUGAAAAUAAAUGCUAGCAAAACAUAUGUGACUUGGAAAUGUUGGUAAAAUGUAUCAGCUGGCUAACGGUUCUUUUUUGUUUAAUAUAUCAUGAGACCAGCAUUGACCAACAUGAAAAAUAAACUUUAAAUGACCAUAAGA